CCCCCACCCACCCUCCUCACCUCUCUCGAAUCAGAAUUGUCUCGCACACACGCAGACACAUCACAUACAUACGCACACACAUCUAGCUGCGCCUAACACACCCAACCACCGACCGGCGAAUCCAAACACCUUUUAGCCCCCCGCCCGAGCACUGCACUCGACGCAGCAUACAUUACAUACGUAACUCGAUCCCGCUGCGCUGGCGAUUGAGGAGGAUCCGAUCCGAAACCCCGCCUUCAACCGACGAAAUAGCCAAACUACGCCAUGGUUCGCGCGGGUAUUAAAGAGGCCCACCCCGCCGGCAUCUGGUCUGACAUGACCAGUGACGGACCAGUAAUCGGGACUUUGGUUUGCGUUUUGGACAGAGCGAAAAACUUGCCGAAUAAGAAGAAGAUCGGGAAACAGGACCCGUAUGCGGUUGCACGGUUGGCAAAGGAAGCGAAGCGAACCGACACGGACGUGAGAGGCGGCCAGGUACCACGGUGGGAUAAGGAGCUGCGGUUUCCGGUGCGCGAUUCGCCAGACUACAGGACUCUCAAGGUCAGCGUGUUCAACGACGACAAGAAGACCGAUCUCAUCGGCGAGUGUACGCUCCGACUCGAUACGAUAUUGGUGCCCGGCGGUGGAACCGACGACGGCUGGAGAGGUCUCAAGUGCAAGGACAAAUACGCGGGAGAGAUAUUGGUCGAGUUGACGUUUUGGGAUUUGAGACCGAAGCAGAAGAAGAAGGAGGAUCUUAAGAAGCCGAGGCGCAUCACUGCUUUCGAGGAGAUUGAACCGGAAGUCCCGCUUAGAAAGCUCGGCGGUGCACGAGAGAUGGGAUCGCGAGAAAAGGCAGUACCGACGGUUAAGAGGCGGCCGCUACCGUCGAGCCCUACAAUGGGAGCAGAGCCUAGCUCUGGCGAGGAGCGCAGGAAAAAGGAGGAGGAGCGAAGGGAGCGAAGGGCGACUCGCAAAUCGAGAAAUUCUUACCAGCCAGAUGCUCCGAGGCCGAAGUCGUCACAUUACCCUUCUCACCAGCCUUCUCGACGGGAUCUUCACGACGAGUACUCCCAACCUGCUCACCAGCCUUCUCGGCGCGAUCUUCACGAUGACUUUCAACACCACUCUCAACCUUCUCACCAGCCUUCUCGUCGUGAUCUUCACGACGAUUUCCAGCAUCAAUCUCAGCCGCCGCCUCAGCCACGAGAGCGUCGGCAUCGCGAACAUCGGAGUUCAAGGCCUCCCGACCAAAGCGCGAACCACAGGCACAGCAUGAUCGACCUGAGCCAUAGACCCAGUAUGAUGGACAUGAAUCAGCGAAAUAGCAUGGUGAUGACUCCGGCAGGACACGAUCCCGGUGGACGGCCUGAGAUUUAUGAUCCUGGUGAUUACGUGUCUCCUGCUAGUCGUAACGACGAAUAUCAGUUCACGCCGACAUAUCCGGAAGCCAAUUUCCAUCACCAGCAAUCGCCACAGCAUUCCCAGCUUCAGCUCGGUGUCUACGAUCAGGUACCAUACGAGGACGACCUCCCACCUCUGUCACAUGUUCCGACGCCCGACAGCUCCAAUCCAAGCUCGAGGGAUGGGCCGCUACCUCCAGAUGGGCCGCCACCGCCCCCUCCGCCUCAUCGAAGACCGCCUGCCCCACCCAGUCCGCUGAUUGAUGAACCCAAUUGGGACAACCAUCGACCGAAGACUUUGGAGGAGGAGCAUGGACUUCCGUCGUAUGAGUCGUUGACGGCUGCGGAUAGAAGGCCGUCGGUUGAUGUGGCGGUUCGGAGCGGUAUUCCGUUGCCACCAAGUCUGAUUCCAGGCAUCGUUUCCGACCUCGUGGGUGGCGUGGAGCGGCGUCAAUUGUUGCAGAUUGAAGCACCGCCACCACUCUUUUCUCGACCCAGCACAAACUAUCACAGACCUCAGGUUGAGGAAGUUCAGGAUAUACAGCUGUACAAGUCUGAGCCUGAAGCUAGGACAUUGAAGAAGAAGCAUUCGCACCGUCCUCCAGUGUCACAGAUGGUCAAGCCUAUGGCGAUUCACGGCGAACGGGACAGUGCAGUGCCGGUAGUCAAUCCAGGGCCGAAUGCAAUCCGCAAGGCAUCCGUCCUGAACCUGAGGCCGGAACGCAAACCAGUACCAGCGCCGGAAAGGCCACCGCCGAGACAACUCUCGGGGAUCCCAUUCGGCCCGGACAGCUACGAUGCCAUCAACCCUAACCCAGUCGCAUCACUCGACGCGCUGGCCAGGCAUGCUCCACCGGAAAGAAUGAUUGUCCCCGGCUCCAACAAGGUCUACGACCCGUCGGACGUGCUCUUGCCCGAGACGUUUGCACCCGAGCCCGAGCCGAAGCGUAGGGCGCCUCGACCACCGCCCCCGGUACCAAUCGAACACAGACGUGAGCGGGUCGGCCGAAGCGUCAGUCCUGCGCCACCCCGAGGCCCAAGACUUUCCCUCCCCGCACCCCCGCCGCACGUGCCUGCCAAACAGGUUUCUUUCGAGAGGAGACGGGACCGCAGCAGCGUCCGCGGAUCCAAGAGCAUGGCAGCACUGCCUAGAGAUGGGCAGAGGAGCAUCAAAAACCGCUACUCGAUGAACGAUGCCUCGGGGGGUAUGGUGCUGUUCGACCCCAACAGCGAGCGCGAGCGCGAGCGACAGGCGGAGAGGGAGCGCGCGGAGCGGGACGCUAGAGCUCUGGUGCCAGCGAAGGGCCACGAUAACUACAAUCACCGGUCUGCCCACCAGCAACCUAGACACAUGGGUAUGGAGGUCGGAUACUAUGGUCGUGGCAGUGGCGGCGGCGGUGGCGGCGGACCUCCCCCGCCAGUCCCCGCAAAGAUCCCGUUGCAGAGCGGCCGCCCCGGUGUUGCUGGUGUCAACCCCAGGGAGGAGUUGGCGCUCAGUCAGGAGUUGAGUUUGAUCAGUAUUGGGGCUGGAGGCGGCGGCGGCGGAGGUGGCGGGACUAGGAGAAGGGGGCGGUACUGA